AUGGGAGAGAUGGCGGCGUCAGAAAGCUGCACAGCAGCCCUUCCUGAGUUAUGGCUGCUGCAGCGGCAGCAGGACGCUGCACGGCACACGGCUGCAUGUGCUGACCCGGAGGUGAGGGCACAGCAGCUGCUGCAUGACACCGUGCAGCGCGCGGCUGCACGUGCCAAUCCUGAGGUGAGGGCACAGCAGCAGGUGAGGGUGCAGGAACAGCUGCGUAACACAGCACAGCAUGCCGCUGCACGUGCUGAUCCGGAGGUGAGGGUGCAGCAGCAGCUGCAUGACGCUGCACAGCAUGCCGCUGCACAUGCUGACCCGGAGGUGAGGGCGCAGCAGCAGCUGCGUGACGCUGCACAGCAUGCAGCUGCACGUGCUGACCCAGAGUUCACGGACCUUCAUCAGGAUGAAGCCAUUGACUUGCCCGACUUUCUUUUGGCGCUUCCAGAGGGCUGCGUGCAAGACCUUCCUGGCGGCCAGUUGCCGCCUGACAGGCAGGUACCAUACACAGUACAGCUGCAGUGUGCAUCGACCAUGGCUGUUGCCUUGCGCCGGCGCAUGCCCUCCCGUGUCUGUGCUGUAUGCUCGGAAGUGUGCUCAGAGGACCAGUCGGCGGUGUUGCCCUGGAUGGAGAUCCCCAAUGUUGACAUUCUACGUGCAGACACCAUGUGUACGGACGCUGUGCAGCACUGGGGGCAUACUCUGGUGUGGCGGUGGAUGGCACGUACAGCUCAAGGAGAUGCACCACCGCCGCCUGAUCCGGUCCUGCCUGCUCGGUAUCGUGUCAGCCGGGCUGAGUGGGCUGGUGCUGUGGAUGAUGACGGUGGCAGUGCCAGUGGGGCAGGCAGGCUGGUGGAUGAUGCGGCGGAAGGAGCAUUGGAUCUGGAUGGUGAUGCUCAGGAGACCGGCGAUUCAGAGUCAGCAGCGGCUGAGCAGCAGCCGUCCGAGCAACUUCCACCGGACCAACAGCCGCGCCCCCCGCGGGUGCUGCCCAGAGUCUGCCUGGACAACCCUGCUAGUGUUGAGGUGCCGUACUGCAUGCGUCUAGAGCCGGAUCUGCCCAACCGCACUAUGCUGGUUAGCAACGGUGCUGCAGAGCGCAUCUUCAUAUGCAACAUCUGUCACAAGGCCCUGAGUGCAUGUGCUUAUCUCUCCUACCUUUGCCGCCCACGUUCCUACUGA